CGAGCUUGCAGGGCAGCGAUGAGGGCGUGGGGAAACAGCCGCACAGAGCAGAGGCUCCGGGCUAAUCGGUUUAUGAGGCGGGAGGGACAAGAGUCGAGGAGGGGGAGGAAGAAGUAGCUCCGCGGUGACCUCGGGUUACUCUGAGUAAAGGCACUGAAGGACGGUGCCUGCCGCUUGCUUGCUUUCUUCCUAGCAGGACUUGCGUGUCUCCGGUACUUGGCGGCGCGGAAAGCCUUCGCUGACACUUCGGUGCAGUUCUGCGCGUAGACGGACAUGUUGACUUUACGGGAAAAGUGGCAACCCUGAUUGUUCGAUCCCAUGUUUUGGUACUCGGCACGAGCCUCGGGGCGUAAGCAGGAGCUGCUCGAAGCUGAGUUGCCAGUCUUAUGCUGUGGUGAAGGGGAGUUAUUCUCUUCCUAUUUUAUACUGACCUGCUUUUCCACUGUCUUGAUCUUGCAUGUUAACAUGCAAAGACAUGUAGCAGUUUCACUGUGCUGGAAGAAAAUGGGAGAGGAGCUCAGGCUAACUCUUCUAACUUUCCCCUCUCCUUCUAUGGCGGUGUUAGGUGGGUGUUGUAACCAGACGUGGACGAUACAGUAGCGGCUCUUCACAGCAAUUUGUGUUGAGCUGAGACCCGCUGUCAGAUGUGAUCCCAGUCAUGAAACAUGUGGGUGAUGCAUGUGUGGUACAUUCCGUUAUUCCCAGUGUUGAAAGCUCCCAGAACAACUAGCAGGGUGGAAACCCAAAUAAAUCAGUUGGCUAUAUUUGUGUGAACUCAAUACAGGGAGGAUGCUGCUGAAGUUCCUUAUGCAGUCAUCUCAACAUAUAAAGUCAGUUGUGCAGAGUCCCACAGGAUUUCCUGAACUGAAGAAUGAUACUUUCCUCCGGGCAGCACAAGGAAAAGAGACAGAAUAUACCCCUGUUUGGUGUAUGCGGCAGGCAGGAAGGUACCUCCCAGAGUUCCGUGAGAAACGAGCUGCUCAGGAUUUCUUUGCUACGUGUCGGUCACCGGAAAUGUGUUGUGAACUCACUUUGCAGCCUCUGCGACGGUUUCCUCUGGAUGCCGCCAUCAUCUUCUCUGACAUUUUGGUGGUGCCUCAGGCUCUAGGCAUGGAGGUAGUGAUGGUGCCUGGCAAAGGACCAACCUUCCCUGAGCCACUGAAGGAGGUAGAGGACCUGCUGAAACUCCGACAGAAGGUAGAUGUGGCAGCAGAACUGAGCUAUGUCUUCCAGGCCAUCACAUUGACACGGCACAAACUGGAGGGGAAGGUGCCUCUGAUUGGCUUCUCCGGUGCUCCAUGGACACUGAUGUCCUAUAUGAUCGAAGGUGGAGGCUCCAAUACAAUGGCCAAAGCCAAGGCCUGGCUUUACCGGAAUCCUGAGGCCAGUCAUCGUCUAUUAACCUUGCUGACUGAUGUGAUUGUAGAUUACCUGGUGGGGCAAGUGGCUGCAGGUGCUCAGGCGUUGCAGCUUUUUGAGUCCCAUGCAGGACACCUGGGACCAGAGCAGUUCUCAGAGUUUGCCCUCCCGUUCAUCCGGUCCAUUGCCAAGCGUGUGAAAAGUAAGCUGCAGGAAGAUGCUCUACCUGCAGUGCCCAUGAUUGUCUUUGCCAAAGAUGCACACUAUGCACUGGAGGACUUGGCACAAUCUGGGUAUGAAGUAGUUGGCCUGGACUGGACCAUUCGCCCACAGGAAGCUCGCCAGCGUACAGGAGAAGGUAUUACCUUACAAGGAAACUUGGAUCCAUGUGCCCUCUAUGCACCUAAGGAGAAGAUAGGAGAGCUGGUGAAGAGGAUGUUGGAGGGCUUUGGCUCCCAACGCUACAUUGCUAACCUGGGCCACGGGCUGUAUCCUGACAUGAGUCCAGAGCAUGUGGGUGCCUUUGUGGAUGCUGUACAUACGCACUCUCGUUACCUAAACAAAUGUUGUUAAAGGCUGCUGGAAGUGGGAGUUUAGGCUGGAAAAUGGACAGUGUGCCAAGCCUACUGUACCAAGAGAUUGCCUAAGGAGAGGGCUUUCUUGGUGAUGUCUACAAAGCCAGCCAUCAAUGACUGCCAAAAGGAGGAGGGCAUAGAAUUUCAAUCGACAGCACUGCUAAAGAUGGCUUCCUCUCAAUUCAUAGUGGUGCAGCCCUUGAGGAAGGCCAGACAGACAGUGUCGUCAAAGAAGGGGGUGAAUGUGUGUUAUGUACCAUCUCUGUGCAGAAUGUUUGAUCCUAGCUUACUGCUACAGACUCAUAGGUACAGUUACAUAGAUCAAUAAAGACCUUUUGCUACCACUGAA